GAGAUGGACUGCCAAAAGGGGCCUGUGUUUACAUUCCCUUCAGCCACUUCGCCUAGGGCAGUGUCAAGCAAUAGGUUAAUGUCUGCCCACUGUGGGCUAUCUCUGUGUGGGACUCUCAGAGAGCGUUGUGGCGCCUGGUGGGCAGGAAGGGGUUAAUGAGCCCUGCUGCUUCCUCCCUGUGUCCUGUUACUGCUGAGGCAGACCUGCCCAGCCAGCUGAGCAACUUUCCCACCGACUAUAGGAGGCAGAGCUGCUCCCCAGCUUCGCAGGGCUUGGGACCCCUGCUGGCUUCCUGGUAUGGUGGGGUCUGCCCUUCCUGGGCAGGGUGAGUUGCAGGAGGGCAGAACUGGAUGGAUCUGAGGGCACCGGGACUGUCCCAUUCCCAACCUGCUGGGACUGGCAGGUCACUGCAGAGCCUGGUCUCUGGCUCCUGGGCUGAGCCGAGCCUCCCCAGGCUGCCGCCGCUGCCGCCACUGCUGCUGCUUGUAGAGGGAGGCUGCACCAAAGCUCCAUGAAGAACCCUUCAUAGCAUCGGUCCUUUCCCUACUGAGACCAGCAUUCUUUGUCCACGGAUUUCUUGGGGCCAGAACCGGUGAACUUUAAUCCCUUGCUCUAAGUGCUUCCUUUCUGGCUGGGGGAGGGGACGGCCAUCCCCAGUGCCCCCAGCCAUGACGACCUCAGCUCUGAGACGACAAGUGAAGAAUAUUGUGCACAAUUAUUCAGAAGCAGAAAUUAAGGUACGUGAAGCAACCAGCAAUGAUCCCUGGGGGCCGCCAAGCUCCCUCAUGUCUGAGAUCGCUGACCUGACUUUCAACACCGUGGCCUUCGCCGAAGUCAUGGGCAUGAUUUGGAGACGGCUCAAUGAUAGUGGGAAGAACUGGCGCCAUGUAUACAAGGCUCUGACCCUGUUGGACUAUUUGCUAAAGACUGGCUCUGAUAAAGUGGCCCACCAGUGUCGGGAGAACCUCUACACCAUUCAGACCCUCAAGGACUUCCAGUACGUGGACCGUGAUGGCAAGGAUCAGGGCAUCAACGUUCGGGAGAAGGUCAAGCAGGUGAUGGGGCUGCUGAAGGAUGAGGAGCGACUGAAGCAGGAACGGACCCACGCCCUUAAGACCAAGGAGCGCAUGGCCCUUGAGGGCUCCGGCAUCGGCAGCGGGCAGCUAAGCUAUAGUCGCCGCUCCUCCCACUACGGGGAUGAGUUCAGCCGAACCAGAGGAUCCCCUUCUUCCUACAACUCCUCAUCUUCAUCUCCUCGAUUCACCUCAGACUUGGAGCAAGCUAGACCCCAGACCACAGGAGAGGAGGAGCUCCAGCUGCAGCUGGCACUGGCCAUGAGCCGGGAGGAGGCAGAGAAGCCGGUCCCUCCAGCCUCCCACAGGGACGAGGAUCUGCAGCUACAGCUGGCACUGCGUCUGAGCCAGCAGGAGCAUGAGAAGGAGGUGAGGUCCUGGAGGGGAGAUGACUCCCCCUUACCCAAAGGCGCUGGGGGCCAUGGUCACCGGGACCAGGACCCUGAAAGAGAAGAGGAAAAGGAAGAAGAAAAACUGAAAACCAGCCAGUCUUCCAUCCUGGACCUUGCUGAUAUCUUUGGACCAGGACCAGCUCCACCCUCCACACACAGCUCUGCUGACCCAUGGGAUAUCCCAGGUCUCAGGUCUACAGUAGAACCUGUUGGCUCCUCUUGGGGACCCUCGGCAGACCCCUGGUCUCCAGCACCUUCUGGGGAUCCUCUGUCCCGGAGCCAGCCUUGGGAUUUGCCCUCGGUUCUCUCAUCUUCGGAACCCUGGAAGCGGACACCUGGGCCACCCCUGUCUAUGGAUCCCUGGGUGAAGGAUUCCCCCCAUCACAAGCCCUCUGGCACAGGGACAGACCCUUGGGGAGCUAGCUUGGACACUCCCAAUACACCCACAGCUCUAGGUGGUUCAGCCUUUGACUUAUUUGCCAAACUUCCAGAAUCAACAGAAGCCAGAGAGGGGCCUGAGAGUGCCCAGACCCUCCCCUCCAUGCGGCCUGGCAGCCCUGACCUAGACCUCUUUGGAGACCCUCUCCCUAACUCCAAGCAGAAUGGUACAAAGGAGCCAGAUACUUUUGAUUUGGGAGGACUUGGUGGGGCAUUGACUCAGCCAGGCAAGGAUGGUCGAGCCUGCCAGACCCCUGAGUCCUUCCUGGGACCCUCAGCCUCCUCUCUGGUCAACCUUGAUUCACUAGUGGUGGCCCCACAACCUCCGAAGACAAGGAACCCAUUUCUUUCAGGUCUCAGUGCCCCGUCCCCCACCAACCCAUUCAGUUUGGGUGAGCAGGGAAAGCCAACUCUCAACCAGAUGCGGACGGGGUCUCCGGGGCCCAAUCUGGCCUCCUCAGUGCCUAUGGGUGCUCCUGUAGGCUCAAUGACCUACAGCGCCUCUCUGCCCCUUCCCCUCAGCAGUGUUCCAGCAGGAAUGACCCUUCCUGCCUCUGUCAGCGUUUUCCCUCAGGCUGGCACCUUCCCUCAGAUGCCUGGGACCUUGCCUCAGCCCCUGCUCCCCAUGUCGGGUUCAGCGGGACCCUUGAACCCCUCUUCUCAGCCAGGCACCAACCCUUUCCUUUGAACUCUGCCCUUCUCUUCUCAGCUCUGACUUUUGUCACCUUCUUCUCACCUUCCUGGAAACAAUUUCCACGUCUCUUCCUAUUGCUUCUCUGCCUCUGUGCCCCGGUCAGCCGCUGGCAGCUGACCAGAGCUUUCCCUGUCCCUGCUUAAGGGGCUGGGGUAGUGGAUAGGGGCACUGUCCCCACCCCACUUAGGUCAGUAUGAAUGUUGCCUGGAUGCUUUGUUCCCUGUCCCAUCUCAGGAGUGAGAGAGGGUCUUGGGGAGCUCAGGGAAAGGACAUCCUAGGAGCCAGAAUCCUCUAGGUUUUGUUUGGGCUGGAGGAAUGGCUUUCCAGGCUCCAGCUAUCCCUUGAAGGGGCUCAUGUAUGUAUGUGUGAAGGGCUCCAAGAUACCACAAGUACUGUAGUGCAUAGCACAGAAGAAACCUGGUGACCAGAAGCCUUUUGGAGCCACGGCAAUGGUCCCAGAAUAAAUACAUGAAUUAGCACGAUAGAACCAAGUUGUGCUUGUGGCCUUCCUAUGGUGGUGAGCGGGUCUAUGGUGAAUGUCUCUCCAUGAAAGGGAGAAGUAAGUGGGCAUCGGGGUGGGCAUUUCUUCUGGAGUUCCUUUUCAGCAUCCAUCUCUCAAAGCUCUUUGAGGUGGGAAGGGGAAGAGGAUGGCAUCUGAAAAGUAGAGAUCAGCUCUUGGGUUUGCAUGUCCCUCUCAAAAAGCUUGGCCCAUGAAGAUGCUUUCUCUUGGUUGGAUCUCUAUUGCCCAAGGCCUGAACUUCACUCUUUGAUUCAUAGGGAUUCUUAGAAUUAAAAUAAAUUUCAGGUUAUUAGAGGUAAAAAGACUUUGGGAGACGGAUAAGGUAGAGACAAUGCAAGAAAAGUAGAAGGCAUUUCCCUUCUUUCCAAGUAAUUUGUAGAACUAUUGGGAAGAUAAGGUAUGGAAGCCCCAAAACUUGAAGUGUUCCAUGGAUUCAUCAAAUGAAGAUUCUCCUCAUCAAAGCAGAUAGAAACUUUUCUCUUGGAUAACUGGUCUCCAUUCUUCCAUAAAUCCUCUUUAUCCACUCAUUAUGCUAGAAGAUCACCUCUAACUCUUUUAAUAUCUUUCACAGUUAACUAUGCAACUACAUUAUUCAUUCAAUAAGCAUUUAUUAAGUGACUGCUCUGGGCCAGGCAGGCACUCUGCUCGUUGCUGGGAAUAAUACAAAGAAAAAAACCUCCCUGUUCUCAAGGAGUUUUCACCAUAUGGUGAGAGGAAGGGAGGUGGGGAGAAGAUAAGUACUUAUAAGAAAUAUAUGUAUAUAUACAUAUGUAUGUAAUUUUGAGAGAAGAACAACAUAUACAGAGAUAACUAAUUACAAUAUAGGUAUUUAGGGGCAACAAAAAAUUUUCACAGAUAAAUAGUUAUUUAUAUAUACAUAUACUAUGUAAUUGGGAAGAACAAUGUAUACAUAGAUAAAUUACAAAAUAUCUCUAUAAAUAUAGAGAUAAAUGUAAUUUGAGGUGGGGGAACAAAGGACAUGGAUAACUACAAUAUAUAUAUAUACAUGCAUAAUUUGAGGGAACAAAGUAUACACAGAUUACUAUAUUUGUAUAUUUAGAUAGAUAUGUAAUUCAGCCAGAUAACAAAGUAUCCAGUAAUUAUAAUGUAUGUAUUUGUGGAGAGCUCCAAGAUACCAUAAGUACCAUAAUGCACAGCACAGAAGAAACCUGGUGACCAGAAGCCUUUUGAAGCCAUGGCAAUGGUCCCAAAAUAAUAUAUGAAUUAGCAUGUAUUUGGAUAAGUAAUUAUAAUAUGUCUAUAUAUACAUAUAUUUGUAAUUUAGCAAGAAAUAAGGUAUAACCAGAAAAGUAUAUUGAUACAUGUAUAAUUUGAGCUAUAACAAAGUAGUCAAAUAAGCAAUUAUGUAUGUAUGUAUGUCUGCAUUUUUAGGAGGAGAGGAAUUAAGGAUUGACUUUUCAUAGGAGGUAGCAUAAGCUGGGCCUUGAAGGGGGUGAAGGAUUCUAAGAGAAGAAGAUGAUGAGGUAGAGCAUCCCAAGUAUGAGAUCCAAAGGCAUGGAGGUAGAUGAUGUGUGUGAGAAAUAGCAAGUCUACAAGAUAAGGUGAUUUCUAAAGUUACUCCCUUCCUCAGUCUGAUAUCUUGUGUGGCACUUUUCAUCAUUGGACACCCAUCACAGCCUAGUUAUGCUUAAUGUCAGACUUUUUACACUCCUUAGAUCCAUCCACAGUCUGGAUUCUUCAGUCUUAUGGCCAUGGUCUGAGCUUCCCAGACACAUGAGAUCACUAGAAAUGUUUCUUCAUAGCAUUGAACGCACCUGGGAUAAUUUGCAUUGUGUGAUUUCCACACAUGCUCCAACCACCCUCUUAUUCAAAUCUUGGCCAGUCUGCCAUCCAGCUGCAGAAUUAUCCAAAGUAUGUGUGUCAUGAUAAACUAACUCAAUGGGUGUCAUGAUGAAUAAACCCAAUGAUCUGUCCAUCUAGCAGCAUGGAUAGCUUGCAUCCGUUAGCCAAAAAAGCCAGCAAAGUACCAAAUGUAAAUGCUUUAGGAGUUCCACAACUGGAGAGUCAAAAGUCAUGUCAUCCAACAUGAACGAGGAUUUGAACUCAGGCUCUCUGGCUCAGGAGCCAGGACACAAAGGGCAGCAAAAAAGUGCCAAUUUUCAUGAAAGAAACCUGAGCGUGGCCUUGAAAGGCAGGGAGGCUAGAAUCAAAGAAUGCCAUUAAAGACUUAAAGGCAAGUUUAUAGAGUGUGCCAGGGAUCUCUCUGGCCCCAUAUCUUUUUAUCACAGAUUUGGAUAGAUGCCUAGAAAGCAUGUUUAUAUGAAAUUUAUAGAUAAUACAAAACUGGGAGGGAUAACUGUCAUAUGGAAAUUGUCAGAAUACAAAGAGAAGGUGAUAUUAAAAUGAUGAACUCUUAUCUAAAUGAGAUUUAAUAUACCUAUAGAAUUACAUCCUAUUAUAGUAGCUGAUAGUGUUUUAAAGUUUGCAGAGGCUUCAGCAGAGGUAAUCAGGCCCAAAUCUGCUGGACUGGGACACUUCCAAUACUGCUGAACAUGUGGUCUAUUCUCACCGAUGGGGAAACUGAGGCUCAGAGAAAUUCAAUCAUUUGCUCAUUAUUACAAAGCUCAUCAGUACCAAACUCCUAGCAUCCAGGACUUUAACCACUAUUCCAUAAUGAGAUGAAUGUUAAGUCUUACUGUGUGUGUGUGUGUUUUAAAUGAACUUCCCAAUUGUAAAAUGGUGGUGUUGAAGUUAAACAUCUGAAAAAAGAUGUGGAGAUUUUGUAACAAAAUGAGAGUUUGGUUUCAGUGAAACUGAGAAGACUUGUAUGAACUGAUAAAGAGAGAAAGCAUUUUAUACAAUUGCAUCAAAACUAAAAACAGAUAAUUUAAAAGAUUUAAAAAAUCAAAGAAGUGACCAAUCACAUGACUGCAGAGGACUGAUGAUAAAGUUACCACCCCAUCUCCUUGACAGAAAAAUGACACUUCACUCAGAAUGCAAAAUAAGAUAUAUAAAAAAUAUAUAUUUUUAAAAUAGCCAUGGGAAU